UUGUAUUUAAAGUGAAGUCAGCGUUAGUUAAGGCAGUUUUUGACAUGUUAAUCUUGAUGUGUUUUAAAAGCUGCCAAUCACAUUACUGAGGCAGCUGGAAAGGAAGACUUACAGUGAAGGCACAGGCUCUUGGAUGCUCAUGGUGGCUUCAUUUUACCACAAACUAAGGUCUUCACAAUAGACCAUGACUCCACGAGAUCACAUGAGAAAAAUGUCUAUCCUGGGGGAACAAGGAACUCUAGAAGAAAAGCACUUAUACCGAUUAGCAAGCGGCAUGGCAGCAGGAGAACUGCGGCAGCGACAAGAGAUGCUGAUGAGAAAUCAGUUGAUGGCAGUAAACCCUCAGCUAAUGGGUGCAGGCCAGCAGAGAAUGCAGGCGAUUCCCUCCCAGUUUGAGCCUCGACUGGUAGACAGAGAUCUUUUACCUUCAACUGAAAUGAUGGCAUCAGCUGACCCCCGACAAAUCCAUAUAGCAUCCCACCUUGGACCCACAGUCCCACAGCACGCAAACAUGCCAAACAUAUUGUCCAACCGCGUUUACCCAGGCCCAGGAUAUAGCUUUCUGCAACCAGAAUCCAUGGAAGCUGUGGCCAGAAGACAGGAACUAGUUCAAAAGCAAAAUAUUGCCAGAAUGGAAAUGGAGAUGAGUGCUAUUUUUCAGCAAAAAGAAAUGGAGAAAGCUCACCGGAAAGGACUGCUGGGCCUGGAAGCACCUUUCCUUUACCAUGGCAUGCCAGCUAGUCCCAUUGCUUUCCGUAGCAGGCACAGGCUACCUGAAGGCCAUCUUCCCAGCGACUUAUAUGUUCAUCGUACCACCCUCGAUGAAAUUCAUGGCAACGCUAUGCUCAUGGCCACCAGCCCAUACCCUCCAGUCAGCACUUUGCAAAGGGAGAGGGGACGUCGACCAGGGAGACGAGCUGGAAAUCACAAAACUGCCGACUGUAGCACCAACGGCACAAAGAACCAAGCUGACGACAAAUCUAUAGACCCUGCUUCAGCUGCGGUGGAUGAUGAGAAGGAAGACAAGAAAGAAGCAGAGGUGGAGACACCGAAUAAACAUGAACAAAGUAAAAACCAGACUGAGACAUCUGCAGUUGCCAAAAACUGUAAAGAGUUUGAACAAGGCUUGAGAAAAAACUGCGCUACUCAUGAAAUAUCUGCUGAAACCAACAGCAACAUAAAUGAGAAGGAAUCUAAUAGCUCGUGUGCUGCUUUUGAUGACAAGUACAUGUACCCUUCUGCAAUCCCAUUCUCAGCAUUACCAUAUGGAUUUCCAGUACCCAGCAACCCACUGGUACCUUCAGGAGCACAUGGCCUGGUCCUGAAUGGAGAAGAUAUUUCUUCCAUUGAAGACAUUCGCAAGUGGACCAUUGAUGAUGUAUACAACUUCAUCAUUAGCCUCCCAGGCUGUUCGGAUUACGCUCAGAUAUUUAAAGACCACGCUAUUGAUGGAGAAACCCUCCCACUUCUAACAGAGGAACAUCUCCUGGAUACAAUGGGAUUAAAACUCGGACCAGCGUUAAAAAUCCGCUCACAGGUGUCUCGACGUCUGGGCAACGUGUUCUACAUGAUGAAUCUUCCCCUGUCCGUGCCCUUAACACCUGCUCCAGGCAAACCCUCAGACCAGCCCUUGGACACAGCCUCCCCUCUUCACUGCAACAGCAGUGGUGACACGCUGGAUAGUCCCUGCUCCCAGGACCCAGAAACGUCAAAAGCCGUGGAACAGAUUGUUUCCGAAAGCAGGGAAAAUCCAUGUGACACAGCUGGAUCUCAGGCUGACUUCCAGAUGAUCGCUUUUCAGAAAAGCUGAGCUGACUCCAGGACACAAAACAUUUUUAAUCAUACAGGAACCACUAAUUACAAAGCAUUUGAGAAGACAGCUGCAGCCUGAAACCUCUGUAUGACUGGUGCUGAAGGAAAUACGCUGCAAAUGCAGUGUGAGGAAGUAUGGUAUCUGAAAAGCAUUUAAAAAGUGCAACUACAUCUUGGUGCAAUUACUUUCAAGUGCAAUUCAUUGAAAAGAAUACCAGUACAGGUAACAGGUAAAUUUGAUUUUUCAUUAAAGUCCAGUGUGAUCACUAAAAUCUGCCAGAGACUCGGGGUGCACUGAAUGACUUACAGUGUGCCCCUGUUGAGAAACUACAAGGAAAAGUUACAGUUUCCACACAUAGCUGACUUCUGCUUCUGUUUAACAAAAUUUAAACAUAAUUCAUUGGGAGAGUACGGAACUACUUGUAGAAUAUAAAUAUACUCUAGAUUCAGCAAUUCAAGUUAAUUCCAACGCUAUUCUAGAGCUAAGCCUUUCUAAGUGCCUGGGAAGGGUAUACAGGGUAUAGAUGAGAUACCGUGGACAUGUAAAUACCAUGUGUCACAGCAGUUUUAAUUAUUCCGAGGCAUUAUUGCUGGGGUUUGAGCUGAGCUGAGUUUAGGAGGAAGCAUAAGCAGACUCCACCAUAAAGACCAGUCACUGGGACAGUGGGACUGCACCCGAUUCCUUUCCCCCGAGCACACCUGGGCAAGCCACGGGUCACCCUUCACUCAACAGCACGCAUGAUGUUCUUUAUUUUGGAAGAGGCCACCAAUUUUAGCCUGAAAGUUCCCCCUUCUCUGCAAAAAUAUGUUUUCCCCUCAUUUCUGCUACUGAUGACUUUACAGCAAACAAGAAACACAAAAUAGAGAUUUUUGCUAGAGAUAAAUGCUCAGCAUCUCGUUGUGAUUCCUGUGUGAACUAUCUUUGUUCCCUCUUCAGGAGUUUGGUCACAGACUGGUCUUCCACUUUGGAAGUCAGUAUACUACAGUGCCGUCUUCCACUCUCCUCCUUGCAAGUACACUUCUUUAUUCCAAAGAACACACAAAUAUUUUUGAUAAAGUUAAUUUCUGUAAAUUGAGUGUUGAUAGAUUGUGGAACUGCUGUAUAUUGCUACUUCAGAUCCUCUCCCUUUAGUUUAGUUUGUGUGACCUCAAGUACUUAAAAACCAAGAGAUACACUGCCAUUUAGAUGACAAGUGUCUAAACGCAUGAGGAGAGGGAAUAUUCUCAUAUUUUAGACUGUGGGCACCUGUUCUUUUCCUUUAGCUUGAGAUAAAUUAUUUUAUAUCUUUGGUAUAUUCGUGGACUAUAUAUUAUGUGAUUAGAGGUUUGCAACACUGACUGAAGAUGUUUACCUUACUAUACUCUCCAAACUUUGCAGCCUUGAGAAGAAGGGCAAGUACCUAUAGCACUCCUUUUCUAAACUAGCAAAGUCUUUCUGUAAAAGGAGUAGCGCCUGAUUCUGCUUUCAGUGAAAACUGCCACUGACACCAGCUGAGGCAGUUUUGGGCUCUGUGCAUAAAUCUCCAAAUACUGUAAAUGGAGUGUAUGAUUUUAGGGUUAAUCGAUAAAAUCCAGUAAGACCCAAUGCCAAAGUGUGGUUAUGCUAUGCAGCAAAAUAAGCCAAAGUUGCAGACAGACCCUGAAGUAAUCCCCGCCUAAGUGAAGUGCUGUCCUUUCCAUAUGUGAUCUGGUGAAAUAAUGGGAGUCUUGCCCAAGAGUGUGGAUUAUGUCUUAUGCAUCAUCUGUGGAUAUUUUUCAUGUAAGGAACUAUUUACUGAAUACUCAAUGGUGUUCAAAAAAAGCAGAAUAAUAACUGGAAGCUGGAAAGUUUAAAUUUAUCUCUUUUAAACAAAGAUGUACACCACCAAUAUUGUCCUGGUUUUGCUAAAAACAAGUUUCUCUUUUAGUGAAUUUGCCUGUCAGCUAAAGCCUUCAUAUCAACUGCAUUUUCCUGGAGAACCAGACACAUGUUUUGGUAAACCUAGCAAUGGAAUGCAAACUUAUUGAUAAGCACGGAUGGACAUCUCACGAGAGAGGCGACGAGAAGCAAGUGAGCAAGAAACUGACCAACUGUGUAUAACAUUCCAUUCACGUGAAUACUUCAUAUAAAAGUGGGAGAUCACGAGGAUCUUGUUGGCUUUUUCCUUUUGCCCUUUUUCCCUUCUGCUUAUGGCCGACAUUAGGAGAGGACCUUGCUAGUCAUCCCUGCGAACUGAGGCCUAGUGAGAGACUGAAUCCAGCUCCGAUUGGCUGCAGAGUCUAAUCCAGGACUUUGGGUGCCGGCUCUGCAGUUGCUGAGACUUUCAAAAUUGGUUUUGUAUAUUUUGUAUUAUUUUCUCUAUUCUUAUUAGUAGCAUUAGUAAAACAUCUUUAAUUUUUUCCAACUCUCUUCACUCUGUCCUUCUUUUCCUCCCAAUCGCCUCUCCUUAGUGGAAAGGGGGGAGAGGGAGGGGGAAGUGGGGGGGGGGAGAGGGGGUUAACAAUACAUCUGCCAGGGUUUUAUUGUCACCCCGCAAUCUUAACCCUCGACAAAUAUUAAUCUUGGACUGGCAAUUAGUUUGCUUUUCACUUUGUCUCAAUUAAUUUCAAAAAGUGUUAACCUCUGUUCUCUUCAUUAACUGCUCUACAUUUUUUCAUGGCUUUAAAACCUAGUAAGGCAGCUUGGAGAGUUUUAUGUUGAAUUUGGUAAUGUAAAUGUUUACUUUUUCAGGUUUUGGAUGAAACACAAUUGUCAAUGUAAAAAAUCAUAUUCUGUUUGAAAUGCUUUUACCUGUUAUUUUAACACACAACAUCUCCGAUUAGUUACACCAGACAAAAUGUUUUACUUUUACAGUAGAUUUAAGUAUGAUUUUUUAAUGUAGCCUGUUCAUAUUCCAUGAGGGAAAAAAUAAAAUAUUUUUAUAUAGUAAAAGUGCUUGUUAAAAUAAUUUUUUUUAAAAAAUCAGGGACAUCAAUUGUGUUGAUCUGAAACAAUCACUAACCUUUUUUUCUUUUUUUUUGUACAAUUGACAAUCAUGUUGACAAUGCCACUUAUCUAAUUAAACACAAUUAAUGAAUUGGUUUUCAAAUGGCAUCCUACCUCUUCAUUGUCUGAAAUAUUUAACUUAAUCCACAUGAGACUUUCUCCAGGCUAGAAGAGGAAUCUCCAAUAUGAUUCCAGAUCAUGAGGCCACGAGGCAUCGCUGCAAAGCUACAAGAGGUUACUUAUUGCCUCCCGCCAAGUGAAAUGAAGCACACUCGAACUACAGGUUGCCUGUUAAGUGCAAGGAUAUGAAGAAACUGAACUUAUUUUUCUAAAGUAACAGCAGAGGAGCUUGACUUGAAAUCCUAUAUGUCAGAGAAGAAAGAUUGAAAUCUGGUUUUGAAGAGCAUGACUGUUUUUGUAAAUGGCUCAGACACGAACAACGCCCAAAGCAGAAAAAGCUGGGAUGCAAAGUCUGCAGUCUGGUACUACUUCUGCAAUUAGAAAAAAAAAAACCAUAUGAUCCAUUACACAUAUUGGGCUCUUCUUCCCAAAAUGACAAAAAGAAUGACUUCAUGGCUUCCUGUACUGGAGGGAGAUGUGCUGGAGCAGCCAAAAUGCAAUAAAGGCUGGACUAUGUACAGCUGCAGAGUGAAAUAGGAAGGAAAGGGACUUAUCUAAAUGGACAUAAUCGAUUCUAAUUCUAAUGAAGGAAAUACCACUGCUAAUGAAUGUUUCCUCCCGUACAAACACUUCAGAGAGAAUGAAAAAGUAAAAUGGGUAAAAAUUUUAAAAAUACAUAGAAUCAGUAGACAGGUCCAUAUUUUCUGAUUUUGAUGUGUUUUCAGGAAUUAUGUUUAUAUGUAAACAUUGAGGCCUUACUGAUUCUCAGCAGCUACAUGUUCUUUUUUGACUUUUAAUACUUAUUCCAGCUGCAAAGGGGUGUAGCUAGCAAGCACAAGUAUGUAAGAAAGCUGGCAGAACUGUGCUACUUAAUGAUUUUCUGGUACCUAUGCAUUCAUUUUUUCUGCUAUACCACUAAAAUCACAAUGGGAUGCAGAUGAUGUAUUUUAAUAUGUGUGGUGUCAUUAGAAAUGUUUCGCUUAUCAUCUGUUGUUGUGUAAAUCUCUAAUAGUGAUGCAGUUAACAAAGAAGAGAAUGUUUUUGAUGAGAUAUUUUUCAAGUGUCUGAUUUUGCCUGUAUCUGCACUAAAUCUGUACACUCCUAGGGACAGGGACUUCUAUUUCUUUCUUUUUUUUUAAUAGAGCGAAGUUUUUUAAAAAGGUAAAUAAAAAGGUAUAGCAAACAUAAAACAAAA